AUGGGAGAAUAGGGAAUCAAAACUCACAAUGCAGCUCCACCUCCAACUGCCAAACCAGGGACUCCAACAGCCUAACCAUCGACUUCGUCUCCUUAACCACCACCAUAAUCAAAUAUAACAAACAAUUCCACAACCGCAAGCAAUGGUCCUACUAAAGAAUAAUUAGAGGCAGCCAACCCAGCCAGAAAUAUAUGGUAAAGGUUAUUUGGACAACUGGAUUCUGUUCAGAUUACUGCAGUUAUGAUUGUUAUUUCAUCCAUUUUAUUAUUAUGA